AUGAAGCGCAAUCGCAUACAGUUCGAGGCCAAUGGCGAGGCUUCGUCCGCGUCCCCUCCACAGGGUACUUUUACCCCCGAGGAACGGCCUCACCACGUCCCGAAGAUCUCUCGACGCAUACGAGCUUGCACGGAAUGUAAGCGGCACAAGGUGCGCUGUGAUAUGAAGGCAACUGAUUCAACAUGCUCGCGCUGCCAGCGCAUGGGACUGGAAUGCGUUGUGAACAAAAGUCUCCAAACGUUACUCGAAGAUGAGGCCGAUUGGAAAUCAAUGAUCGAAUCGGCAAUGACAGAUUUACUGAGAAAGUCUCAGCUACCUGAACUAUCAUACUAUCAAGCAGGCGGCGGCUCGACGGAGACGCCCUCAAAGAAGCGAGACCGGAAAGCCUCAACUGUCUCAACCGAUGGUAAAGGACUUACACACAAUCGGGCCGCGCCAGGGGAUAUGGCGAUUGAGAGUACAUCUACUUCAGAAUCUAAUUACAACUUCCCCCGACAGCAACCGCAGUAUUCGCUGGAUCAGGAGGAAACGGGCGCCGCCUCCUUGGUCACCGCACCGAUGGGCAGUCUGUACGAGGUGACGCAGCUGAGUGAGAACCGUGACAAUUCACCCGGACGAAAGCUUGCCCCUGACCAGACAUUGGUUACCGAUUUCAUUUCACGUGGCGUGGUUGAUGUUCAAGAGGCAGAGGAGCUGUUUUAUCAAUUUGAUCAAGUCCUCAAUCGCUACCUAUGGGAUGGGGCAUUACUGGCACACAAGGAUCUGACAUCGGCUCGAAAGUCAUCAUCGAUGCUUUCUGCUGCCAUUUUGGCUGUCACCGCACUUCACAUGCCGAACAAGGAACGAACUUUUGACACAUGCUACACCGAAUUUGCAAAAUUGGCCUCAGAAUCCAUGUUGGGCCAUCACCAUACAUUAGAUGACAUCCGUGCAUUAUGUAUUGGUGCGUUCUGGCUUGCGGAUGUCAGCUGGAAGCUCUCUGGAUAUGCCGUGCGCAUUGCAACCGAACGUAAUCUGCACCAAUUCUACCGCAAAGCCAUGCAAGGCUCGCCUGAGCACUUGGAACAGGCGAGACUAUGGUACCUCCUUUAUACAUUGGAACACCACUUUUCGAUCGCAUACGGUCGACCACCCAUGAUCCACGAAGACGCAAGCAUCACCCAACACAAUAUCUUUACACAGAAUCCGUCAACUUCACAAGGAGACCUCCGACUUCACAGCCAGGUUGAUCUUUUUAUAAUCCUCACCCGUAUAUAUUUUGCAUUUGGCCCUGAUGUCGAAUUAGAAGUCCCCGAAAGUGACUUUUCCAAGAUUGAUCAAUUCGACAUCGAUCUAGGGAGUUGGAAAUCUUCAUGGCUUCCUCGACUUGCGGGGAGUCGCUACGUCGGCGCAUACCCAUACAAGGCCGUGUACAUGCACUACCACUUCUCUCGACUACAACUCAACUCGGUCGCCCUCCGCACAUAUCACUCAUCCACUUCUUCAGGGCAGAUGUCAUUUGAACGCCGAAAGCGCGCCAAUAUAGCAGUUGAAUCAGCCAUUGCCACUCUCCAGGUUUGCCUAGACGAGCGUGAUAUUCAGCGUGCCCUUGUUGGGGUUCCGCUGUAUCUUCACAGUAUGAUCACAUUCGCCGCAGUUUUCCUACUAAAAAUUGCAGCUAGAGUCUGCUCGAACGGAGCCAUUCCCGGCAGCCAGGGAAAACAGACCUCCAUCGCCUCAGCGGGCCUACAAGUCGAUGUCAGCUAUGUGCGUGUCCUUGUAGGCAGGGUCGUCGAUAUCAUGGUGGCAUGUAGCCAGCGUGCGAGUGAACGCCAUCUCAGCCAUCACAUCGCCCGCGGGCUCCGUAAAAUGCUGACUGGCUUGGAGGAGUGGGAGAAGCGUACCACUGGCACCCAGCAGUCGAUUGGAUCGGCUUCGCAGGACCAUUCUUCCCUCUUCAAGCCCGUUACCAUCCCCGGAGCUCAGAUGCUCGGAGAACGUGACACUAUCUUGAGCCAUCCGCCUCCACUGCUUGGGGUUGCUCCGCUGUCUGCUGAACGUAGCAAUGGAUUUGAAUCUGCCACUACCCUGGGUAAACAGGAGCCGGGUCUUUCGGAGGGCUCGGUAGACCCCAUGAUGGCGGACCUGUGGGGGUUCGACGAGGAUUACUUCCCAACAGGAGUGUUCGACUUCCUCCAAAGUCAGAUGCCAGCAUGA